GAGAGAGAGAGGAAGGUGCAGUAGUGGCAGUAGUAGUGAAAUAAAAAAGAGAGAAAGAAAGAAGCAAGAAAAGAGAGAAACCCCCAAUUAACCCUAGUGGGUUUUUGUGUGCACUGCACUGAAUCGAAGACGAACGAUGAAGAGGGAGCACGAGCAUCUUCAUCCCAACAACAACAACAACGCUUCUUCGAUGGCGAGCUCGAGUUGCGGUGGAAAAUCGAAGGUGUGGGAGGAGGAAGGUGGCAUGGACGAGCUGUUAGCGGUGGUGGGUUACAAGGUGAGGUCAUCGGACAUGGCGGAAGUUGCACAGAAGCUUGAACAACUCGAAGAAGCCAUGGGAAGCGUCCAAGACGAAAUCACACAACUCUCGUCGGAAACCAUUCACUACAACCCUUCCGACAUCGGAAACUGGCUCGAAACCAUGCUCUCCAAUUUCGAACCCUUACCUCUUCAACCAGACGAAUCAGACAACAACAAGCCUUUUGAAGAUUCAUCUUCUUCUGACUACGAUCUCAAAGCCAUUCCAGGCAAAGCAAUCUACAGCACCAUAACCGAGUCACCCUCCUCCAAACGACUCAAACCGACCGAGUCAACUCAGACAUCGACUCGCCCUGUGGUCCUCGUUGAUUCUCAGGAAAACGGUAUCAGACUUGUCCACACCCUCAUGGCGUGUGCGGAGGCUGUUCACCAGAACAACCUUCCACUGGCGGAGGCGCUGGUGAAGCAGAUCGGGUUCCUCGCGGUGUCGCAGGUUGGUGCUAUGAGGAAAGUCGCCACCUACUUCGCCGAAGCUUUAGCGCGCCGCAUCUACAGGCUCUACCCUGAGAAUCCUCUUCAUCAUUCUCUCUCCGACAUGCUUCAGAUCCAUUUCUACGAGACCUGUCCUUACCUCAAGUUCGCACACUUCACCGCAAAUCAAGCCAUUCUCGAAGCUUUCCAAGGAAAGAAUCGCGUCCACGUCAUCGAUUUCGGCAUCAACCAAGGGAUGCAGUGGCCGGCGUUGAUGCAGGCACUCGCCUUGCGCCCUGGCGGUCCUCCGGCUUUCCGGUUAACCGGAAUCGGACCUCCCGCCGCCGAUAACUCCGACCACCUCCAACAGGUUGGUUGGAAACUCGCUCAGUUAGCCGAAACGAUUCACGUCGAGUUUGAAUACAGAGGCUUCGUUGCGAAUAGCCUCGCGGAUCUUGACGCUUCGAUGCUGGAACUCAGGCCGAGUGAGACUGAGUCAGUGGCUGUUAACUCGGUGUUUGAGCUUCACAAGCUUCUGGCUCGACCCGGUGCUGUGGAGAAGGUGUUGUCCGUGGUGAGGCAGAUUCGGCCGGAGAUCGUGACGGUGGUGGAGCAGGAGGCGAACCACAACGGACCGGGUUUCUUGGACCGGUUCACCGAGUCGCUGCAUUACUACUCGAGCCUGUUUGACUCGCUGGAGGGGUCGUCGGUGAACUCGCAGGACAAGGUGAUGUCGGAGGUGUAUCUGGGGAAGCAAAUCUGUAACGUGGUGGCGUGUGAGGGGAUGGACCGGGUGGAGAGGCACGAGACGCUGAGCCAGUGGAGGACCCGGUUCGGUUCGGCCGGGUUCACUCCGGUUCACUUGGGGUCCAACGCGUUCAAGCAAGCGAGCAUGUUGUUGGCGCUGUUUGCGGGUGGGGAUGGGUAUAGGGUGGAAGAGAACAUUGGGUGUCUCAUGCUUGGUUGGCACACUAGGCCCUUGAUUGCCACCUCUGCCUGGCAACUCGCCACCAAAUCGGUGGUUGCUCACUGAGUCGAGUCAACUCACCGACUCGAUUUCACCCGCUUUUUUUAAACUUAUUUCAAUUCAUACCCACCAAAAAAAAAAAAAAAAAAAAGUUGUGGGGAUGAGAGGGCAUUGUGUUAUAUGCUGUGCUGAGCUGUGAGCACUGAUUGCUUGAGAUUGAGACCCCACCAUUGUCCAUUUUCCUGCCCCAAACAUAUGUCUCUCUCAAUUCCUCUUUCUCUGUUAAUUUACCUUUUUUGGCUUAGGAACCUUUUUAUUAAAUCGAAUUUUUUUUUUUCUCUUUUGGGUUUGGUUGGAAUCUCUUGUAAUUUCUCUCAGGGUUGGAAUCAAAAAGGUUAAUGUGUAUUUAUUUAUCUUUUUAAAUAUGUA